AUGUCUGAAGACACAGCCCCCGCAGGAAUGCCCCAGGUCCCCACUAAAAACCAAGAGAAUGGGAGCGAUGGGCAGCAGCAACCUGAACCUCAUAAGGAAGCAGGCUCUGGCGACCCUCUUGCUAGCCUCAGCCAAGCUCGAAAGAACGUGCUACUCUUCACCUUUUCCAUCGCCACUUUUGUUGACGUCUGCAACGUGGCUGGAACGGCGAUAGCUGUCGCACAGAUCGCAUCCGACAUACAUCUCGGGUCAUCGCAGGUUGUCUGGAUUAUCACAAGCUAUAGUAUCUGCUUUGGGGCUUUCCUGCUGUUUGCUGGUCGCAUCAGUGAUCUCUUCCCAGCCUCUAUCGUGUUUGAAGGCGGAUUCUUUGUACUCGGCGUCUUGAGUUUGGUGGUGUCGUUUGUCACGUCUAACAAAUAUGGCUUCCUGAUCCUUCGAGGUCUCGGGGGUAUAGCUGGGAGCAUGACCAUACCAUCGGCGUAUCAUCUUACUGUCCGCAUGUUUCCUGACCACAAAGAGCAACAGGCAAAGCUCGCCUUACUUGCCAUGACUGGGGCUAUAGGCAAUGUGCUUGGUCUUGUCCUUGCAGGUAUCUGUAUGCUAGCCAGCUAUAGAUGGUUCUUCCGAGUGCUUGCCAUCAUUUGCUUGGUCUUUACUGCCAUUUGUUUCCUCUUGCUGCCCAUGACCCAUACUGUCAAGCAUCACAGCGACGGCAUCUCGACAUGGAAGAAACUCGACCUUGUCGGCGUCGGGCUCUUGGCCGCUGCCCUCGUCUGUUUCAUCUUGUCGCUUACCCAAGGCCCAAUUGACGGGUGGGGGUCGGCUUCGUUCAUUGCGCCUUUCGUCCUCAGCUUUCCGAUUGCUAUCGCGUUCUUCUUUUGGGAGUCACACAUCCCUCAGAAGACGGCAGUGCUUCCGAGCUCUGUUUGGAAGAUUUCCAACAUUGUCAUCAUGAGUCUGGCUCUCGGAAUAGCAUUUCCUUUCUGGUCAACAUCGCAACUCAUGUACUCGACCUACUUUCAGGAAGUUUUGCAUUGGACCCCGAUAAAAGUCUCAGCGGCGAUGCUGCCGCAAGGCAUUACGGGUCUCAUCAUUGGUGGCUCAGCUCAAUACAUUCCUCAGAUCAUCACCAAGCCCAAGUUCACUCUUCCCCUCGGCGGUAUUCUGAUUAUUGCUGCCGAGCUACUUCAGAUAUUCUCCAAUGGUGGACAUGGUAAAGACUACUGGAGGUUCUGUUUCCCAGCAUACAUUCUCGGCAGUGCCGGUGCAAUCUUGACAUACCUUUGCACAUCAAUUAAUCUCAUCACGUACUGUCCACCCGAGAUGGCUGGAGUAGCAGGAGCUCUCGUUCAAGUCGUCGCUCAGAUAGCAGCCGCCAUCACUCUCGCCGUACAAGCAUCUUUUCAAGGCCAAGGCGUGCAAGACUGGAACAUGGCCGCUCGCCGUUCAUUCUACUUUCAGAUCGCGUGGACGGCUGUGCUUUGUAUACAAUUCGUCGUCUUUUUCAGAAAACCGACGUCCCCCGAGGAGGCGCAUGAAGCUACUAGGAAGAGGAUUGCUGAAAGCGGUAAAGGUGCUAGGCUGUAA